UUAGUCGAGCCUUGUUUCCUUCAGGUCAAAGGUCAGUCUGCGCGCUUCCAAACCAUUCGGGGAGAACAAGGAGCUGGUCUUGCCUGAGAAGUUACAGAGUGAUCAGUGCUAAGGGGUUUUUUUAAAUACCCCCACAAAACUUCAAAGAACAAUAUCUAUUGAGGUUUCUCAUCGGGGAGUUUGUCUUUUUUUUAAGUUUAUCGGUUAGCCUGGCUAGCCUCGUUAGCCGAUUUAGCUGGCUAAUGAAGAAAAUACAAGCUAACUAGCUUAACUUCAAGCUAGCUAAUCGAAACUGAUAUCUCGUUGAGCGGAGUACGGCAAACUAACGCAGACAUGCAGGACCUACUGGCAAACGUGGAUCACAUCAAGUUUGACCUGGAAAUCGCUGUGCAGCAGCAGCUAGGAGCACAGCCUCUGCCCUUUCCCGGCAUGGACAAAUCCGGAUCUGCUGUGUGUGAGUUCUUCAUGAGAGCAGCUUGUGUGAAAGGCGGGAUGUGUCCUUUCCGGCACAUCAGUGGAGAGAAGACGGUGGUGUGUAAGCACUGGCUCAGAGGACUGUGUAAGAAGGGAGACCAGUGCGAGUUUCUCCAUGAAUACGACAUGACCAAGAUGCCUGAAUGCUACUUCUACUCCAAGUUUGGUGAGUGCAGCAACAAGGAAUGUCCAUUCCUGCACAUUGAUCCCGAGUCCAAGAUCAAAGACUGUCCCUGGUAUGACCGAGGCUUCUGCAAACAUGGUCCUGACUGCAGACACAGACACACAAGAAGGGUUAUCUGUGUGAACUACCUGGUGGGCUUUUGUCCAGAAGGAAAAUCCUGUAAAUUUAUGCACCCUCGUUUUGAGUUGCCCAUGGGAGCCUCUGAACAGCCUCCUUUGCCACAGCAGACCCAGAACCAGACAAAGCCUGUGCCUACCGUCGUUCGCUCAUCGCUCUCUCUAAUCCAGCUCACAAACUCCAGCCCAGGCCAGCGGCCGCAGAACCACACAUCGAUGGCUGGUGCUCAGCAAAAUAACAUGACUGGUAACAGAGGGCCUCGGCCACUGGACCAGGUCACCUGCUACAAGUGUGGUGAGAAGGGCCACUAUGCCAACAAAUGCACUAAAGGCCAUCUUGCUUUCCUGAGUGGACAGUAACCUCCAGCCUUGAGGUCACCACAUUGCCGUAGCUCAGUCUCUCCCCCUGUGGACGGAGGAGAUGAGAGGAAGAGCAGCAGAGGAGACAAAGCACCUUUGCUCCACAGGCUGAAGUUGAACUUAAAAGACUUUAACUGCGACUGUUGUGUCUGCGUGGUUUCAGGGUGAAUUCAUACAGAUACAGGCUGUGGGAAAGAUAAAACUAUUUCUAUUCUUUGCCACUUUUUGGGUUAGUGUACAUAGUUUUCUACAAUGUUUGUACCCAAUAGUACAGUGAAUAUUUAAAUCCACAUCACACCAGACAGAAGUGCAGCAAUGCAAUGUGUUUCUUUUAGGAUAUUCAUGUUUCCUCUGGUCAUGUGACUGCAUCAGUGACACCAGACCAGAUCUUCUGUUCUACUAAUUCUAGAAAAUCGGUGUGACAAUGUAUACAAAUAAAUAAAAUAAUUGUCAGUAGUGAUGUAAACUAACACUGUUUGAAUCCAAACUACUGCAAUUCAUCAGAGCCCAAAUCCACUUGGCACUCAGUUUUAUACUUCUAAAUCUGUACCUCUUGCUUGCCAUGCAAUAGCUCAGUUACAUGAUUGUGGUUUUCAAACAUUUUAAACCCUGAAGGUUGUUGGAUUAUUUGCCAGUUGUGUGUGGAGACCCAUGUUUGAUCUGCAUACACAGAUCAUUCAGUUUUACAGAAGAGGAUGUGGAUACAUGACAGAAA